AUGUCCCGGAUUCCACUGGGUAAAGUCCUCCUGAGGAACGUCAUUCGACACACAGAUGCCCACAACAAGAUUCAGGAAGAAUCAGAUAUGUGGAAAAUAAGAGAACUAGAAAAACAGAUGGAAGAUGCUUACCGGGGAACCAAAAGGAAAAUGUUGCCUGGUAAUUCAAGUCGGAUGCGUAGUGAUGGUUUUGAUGAAGAAAGUCAGAGGGACUACUGGAGGCCAAGGCAUGACAUUUCUGGCACACUGGAAGAUGAUUUUCUUAAAGCUAAAUCGUGGAACAAGAAAUUAUAUGAUUAUGAAGCAAACAUGCCAGACAGAUGGGGUCACAGUGGUUAUAAAGAAUUAUAUCCUGAAGAAUUUGAGACAGACAGUAGUGAUCAACAAGAUGUUGUCAAUGGGAAAAAAGCAUCUCCCCAGGAAAAAUCAACCACCCAUGAAUCCCGCAAACACAAGAAGUCAAAGAAGUCUCACAAAAAAAAGCAGAAAAAAAAGUCACACAAAAAGAAGAAAAGCAAAAAGGAAGCUGCAGAUGAAACAGCAGGUUCCUCAAGUGAGAUCUCAGACGAAGCGGAGGCUUCCAGCACCAGGAAAAGGAAGCAGCCACAGAAGCGCAAGAAAAAGUCCAGGAAAAAGUCUCUCAAAAAGCCUGCUUUGUUUCUAGAGUCAGAAAGUGACACUUCACAGUCAGAUGACUCAGCAUCCAGCAGUUCUGAGGACAGUCAAGAAAGAGAUACAAAGAAAACCAAAAGGAAAAAGAAAGAGAAGAAAGUUCCUAUCCCUGUAGCUAACAGUGAAGUCCAGGAAAGGACAAACAAACGCACAAAUUGGAAAGUGGCUACAGAUGAGAGGUCUGCCGAGAGUUCAGAGGACGACUGA